CGGCGCGUUAAUCGCGGCGGGGCCAUCUGCUGCCGCGGCCCAUUCAACGGGCGGUGGCUGUCGGGUGCGGUUCCCUCACGCCGUUCCCGCACGCCGCUCGGGUCUGCGGGAAGCAGGAGCGGCAGCAGCACCGCGGGGCUCCGGGCAGGCACCGCCGCGCAGUCCCAGCCCAAAGUUUUGCCUCGCCUCGCCUCGCCUGGCCCCGCACCCCCGCGGAGCCCUUGCCCGGCUCGGCCUGGAGCCGGCGACGGCCCGGCCGGCAUCGCCUCCCGACGCGGGGGCCGGCAGGACAGCGUCGCCGCCCGUCCUCGCGGAGCCAUGCCGCUGGGGCACAUCAUGAGGCUGGACCUGGAGAGGAUCGCCCUGGAGUACGUCGUGCCCUGCCUGCACGACAUCGGGUUCUGCUACCUGGACAACUUCCUGGGGGAGGUGGUGGGGGACUGCGUGCUGGAGCGGGUGAAGCGGAUGCACCGCGACGGGGAGCUGGCCGACGGGCAGCUGGCUGGCCCCAGCCGCGGCGUCGCCAAACGGCACCUCCGCGGCGAUCAGAUCAAGUGGAUCGGGGGCACGGAGGAGGGCUGCGAGGCCAUCAACUUCCUCCUCACGCUGAUAGACCGGCUGGUGAUGUACUGCGGGAGCCGGCUCGGCAAGUACUACGUGAAGGAGCGAUCUAAGGCUAUGGUCGCUUGCUAUCCUGGAAAUGGAACUGGGUAUGUUCGUCAUGUGGACAAUCCAAAUGGCGACGGGCGCUGCAUCACCUGUAUUUAUUACUUGAAUAAGAACUGGGACUCCAAGCUGCAUGGUGGAAUUCUUCGGAUAUUCCCAGAAGGAAAGUCCUAUGUAGCAGAUGUUGAGCCGAUUUUUGACCGAUUACUGUUUUUUUGGUCAGAUCGAAGGAAUCCACAUGAAGUCCAGCCUUCUUAUGCAACCAGAUAUGCCAUGACUGUGUGGUAUUUUGAUGCCGAAGAAAGAGCAGAAGCCAAAAAAAAGUUCAGGAACUUAACCGAUGCAAGGAAGAGAGAAGCACCUCUUAAUGAAGACUAGUCAACUGUUCCUGAACUCUUUGUGAAGAAAUAAGAUCCCAAAGAUGACUUCCAUUUCCAGCAAACAAGGGCAAAUUAUUGUUAUGCACAAGAACGCACUGGUUGUGUUUAGCACGUGCAUCUUACGUUGAUGGUACUUAAGGCAGCCUCCUGUCAUGCCUGCAUCUGGCAGAAGAAACGCUUGUUUUCUAUUUGCCUCUUGCUGGAAAAAGUAACCAGGGUUUAAAAAAAAAAAAAAAAAAGAGUAUCAUUAAGCCUAGUGGUAGCGGCUCAGCCAACUGGCUUUUGAUCACUCUUGUAACCAAGAUAACGAUCAUUGGAACUAGUGGUAAAAAACUGAGUCUUAUUUGCACUUUAUGGGGGGGGCAAUAAUCUAGCUCAAUGGGAAGGAGCUUUACAAGUUUAAAAUGUGUGGCAGACUGCUAAUGGGCAAGGAGAGAUAUUGGAAAUGUGAAAUCAAACUGGAUUUUUGUAGAGUGUCAUCUUAUGGUCUGUCCCACAUGGGCCUGUUGAUGUACUGUUCAUCACUUUGCUGUGCGGAGCGUUGGCUCAGCUCUUCAAUAGUAUGACCUUCCAAACAGAUAGGUUUUUUUUUGUGUGUGUCUACACAGUCAUCACAUUUCCUGGAUUUUGUUUGCUUUUCAAGAAUGAAGUUCUAGCUGUGCAGUUGUGCUGCCCUUUCUGUCCCAGGACUGAGGGGGGAGUAGUUAUGCAUCUGUCCACAAAUUUGUAAAACCAUUUCCCUUCUGUUCUGAGCAGGAUGGGUUGUACGUUUUAUAUUUUCACGGUUUGGUAAAGCAGCUGUUUUCUCCCAAAAGUCUGGUAAACUUUGAAGGCUGAUGGCACACAAUGCAUUGGCGCUAAAGGCUUAUGAUAUGUAGAGUUAAGUGUUAUUUUCAUGAUUUCUCCAUCUACUAUAUUUUGUAUGGCAGAUAUGAAUCUGAAAGGAAAAGAUAUGUCUGGCAGUCUGACAAAUGUAUGAUAAAUAAUGGGUUACUUGGACUUGAUUUCUAUGCUGCUUAUCCUUAGUUAACACACUUGUUUAACUUUUGCAUGCGUAUGUAAUUUGAAUGAAACAGCGAUUCAGUUUCAAUUGAUCUGUUACGCCAGGUAACUACUGCUGCUGUGCCCAAGCUGUGAGACCAGAGUUGUUCAAAUGGCAAAGCAUGUUUUUUUUCUCUCCAUUAUUUUUUUAAAACUUAUUAUACUCAAUGAUUAAGUGGUGAGCUAUCUCCAAUCUUCCUAAGCUUCUACAACCAGCACUUACUAUGCAGUUCAGAAUAGCUCUUAAUGAAGCUGGGAGCUGGCGGUGGAUGUAUUUAUCACUCAGACUAAUUGCUCUCAACCUAAUACACUCAACUUGCAUUCAGUUUUGUCUGAUGUUGUCAGUGUGUCUGUCAGACCCUACUAAAUGUCCCAUUCAGUGUCCCAUGUUUUCAUGUAACACCCGGCCGCGGUGGUGAAGGUGGUCUGUCUGUCUGUCUGUACUGCUGGCCCCUGCACUGGUUCACCAGGCUGUGCCAGUGGUGGGUCUGCACACCAGCUCUGUCACGCUCACACUGGGGAAUGAGAAGCUGGGGAACACCAGCGACAGAAGGGUAACACCUGCAUAGGCCAGAAAAAAAGUAACUUUCAUGGCAUUAAAAAUGGUAAUAGAAAUGGAGUAUUUUUUUAAGCAGUUCUGUCUCUUCAAAAAAAAAAAGGAAACAAAAAAAACCAAACCACUGGGCAUCGUUCAGCCUGUCCUUGAAUUCUGAAUGUAAAUAUGGUAGUGCUAAGGAACCCCUCAUUCUCUCUGGCUUCUCCCAGAGAUCCAGCUAUGGUCUUAAGGGCUGGACUUUGUUCAGUCUGACCACUGUGCACCUUAAGAGAGGAAUAUGAGGGAAUGUGUGACAAAUAUUCUUAUAAAUCAAGACUAGAAAAAGGCAAAUAAUCUGAUAAAUGUCCUUUAAUGUUAGGGAAAACAUUAUUCCACUACAGUUGCUUCUAAGUAGCACAACAUAGACUUGAAGGAAACUUACUUAAGAAUAACUUGAAAUUCUCAUUCUGCGAUGUUCAUGUGGGAGGAGAAAGAGAGCUUUUCCCUGAGAGUGAGAGGUCACCCUUUGAAAGAUGGUGGGUGUUGAAAAAGGAGGGGCACAGGAUUAUUAUGGGGGGAGGAACCCAACCUGUUGUAUUGCUAUGCAAAGUUGAUAAUGGCACGUAAAUUUGAAACUCCUACAUGAUUUUUAAGAGGGCAAAGACAGCUAAAACAGAACAGAGCAAGCCUUGCUUUGCCUUUAGAAACUGUAAUCUUAAAAAAAAUGCACUAGAAAGAGAUGUUAGUACACAUCUCACUGGAGCUUAGAACAGUGGAAAAAUGACGAGGUGGGAGGGGAAAGGCUUUGUAUAAAGGUUGAAAAAGAAAGGUACUUCAGUUACCACUAUUGCUGCCACCGGGCUCCAGCAGUGGUCAGCACGUGUGGUGGAUGGAGCAUGGAGCAGUAUAGACGCAUUUAUUGUAAAUAAAGUACAUAUUUUAAUUUUUAGCCCAUAGCUUCCUGAUCUAGGUAGAGGAGAGGGUAAUUAUUCCGUGGCAGAGCGCAUUAUCUUUUUCUUUAUUAACACAUAUAAUUAAGUAAAAAAAAAAAAAAAAGGUUGAGAUUUUGAAACCAAUUCCUCAGUCCUGUGCCAGACAUUUACCCUGUUUCCAGAUCAGUGGGAUGAUGUCCUUGAAGAUGUGGUAGUUUAAUUGGGGGUUUGAGCGGUAACUAGGUGUUGGUCAUGUAGGAAUCCACAGGCUUGAUGUUUUCUAUACAUAUUUCUCUUGCCUGUCUCUGAAAUUGUUGCAAACUGCUCUGCAAGAAGGAAAUUGUCUGAAGAACUGUGGGGGAAGCAGACUGCUGCAGAAGGGGCAGUGUUUCAAGGAGACUCUUUCCUUGUGUUUUGUUGUCAUGGCAAACUGUUUGAAACAUCUGUCACCCAGUUGUGAAAAAGAGUGUUUUCUCUAAGGCAUUUAAUUUUUAAUUCUCCAAAAGUUUUAUUGGGUCUCUUCAAUCUUUAGGUAAUGUGCCUUCAUUGUUCAUAUCUGUGAAGAUGUUACAUGCUACAUGUGCGUUAUAGAAGUUUUUUAUGGGUCUUUAAGAAAUAUUGUUGCCUUUCCAAAUGCAAUUGCAUUGGAAAAAUAUGCAGAGCCACCAAGCCACAAUUUCUGACAGGUGGUUUUUGUUGUGCGGGGAGGAAAAUGGCCAGGUGACCGUACUGAAAAUAAAGAGAAUAUUUUUAUUCUUAAGCCUGUAACCACUGGCCUUUUGAGCAAAGUAGCCUCUAAUAAAUCUUAUUUUCAGUAGAUUAUGUCUGGUUCUGUGAGGAAUGGCCUCUGCAAAGUAGUGUUUAAAAAGAUCCACUCGUUUUUCUUCUCUCUUUAAACAGUUUUAGUCAUUUCUAUUGCGUUUUUUAAAAUGUUGGAAAAUAUUAUAUGUAUUUGUUGUUGUUGCAAAAUAGCUGGCUCUAACACCACUUGCAUCUAGAAGAAAAUCUGUCUAUUUGCAGGCAAAUAACUAGUUCUACUUUGACUGUGCUGUACUCCCAGCAGAUAUCUGAGAGUGAGUUAUGACUACAUCUUCUCUUGUCAGGUUGUAUGCUGGUCAACAAUGCUGGCACUUUGCAUCUGAUUGAUAUAGAAACCCCUAGUAGUGUCUUACCAUACAUCACACUUUGUGUUCCUGUUACUAUUUAAAAAAAAAAAAAAGGUGGCAGGAGUCAAUAAACACUGGGUCAUGUUAAA